GCACGCGGCAGCAGCGGCGGCAGCGGCGGCAGCGGCGGCAGCGGCGGCAGCGGCGGCAGCGGCGGCAGCAGGGGCAGUGGCAGCAGCGGCGAUUGUGCAACGCGGACGCGCGCGUUGGGUGCGCCCGGUCGCCGUGCGCCGUGACCCCGCUGGCGGCGAGACGCGCACGAGGUUGCGAUUCAUGAAUAAACAUCACCAUCACCACCAUCACCACCGUCAUCACCAUCACCACCGCGGGCACGUCUCUAUUGAGUCGCGAUAGCCCCGCGUGCCUCACUCCAUACAUGGCGUUUCCGGAAGCGGUGGAGGAGGAGACGACGCGUGGAUAGCGUCGUGGCGAGGCGAUUAGGAGUCUCGGCGCCUCGCGGAGCCGAAAGAGCGACCGGCGAGGGAGCCUCUGACCGAGCUCCACCCCGCCCCCUCGUGUCGCCGCGAGCUUCACCGUCGCCUCGGAGACGCAGCCGCGGAGAGCCCCGCGUGCACACGACGAGUGCGGCUCGCGAACAUCGCGGCAGUGAGCAGCAGCACCCAGCGACCAGCACAGAGUGACCAGCACAGAGUGACCAUCGCACAUCCGGGGUGAGCACCACCGGCUGAACAUCGCAGGGCGACCCCCACCCCGCGCCUCUCUCGCCGGCAAUGGACGAGGACAAGGGAGCGCAAAUGCAGCCGCUUCUGCCAACGAAGCCGGAGGAGGAGGCGGUGGUCGACAGGGGCGGCACUCGCUCCGUCCUCACCACCAACUUUGAGAAGGAGGAGCUCGAAGCCCACCGCGCCAUCUACGUGGGCGUCCACGUGCCGCUGGGCCACCGCAGCCACCGGCGUCACCACCGGCACGGCCACCGCCACCACCGGCGCCGCGAGAAGGGGAAGGACGCGGCCGCCGAGGGGGACGAGGAGGAGGAGGCGCAGAGCUUCGUGGGCCGCGAGGACACCCCGGCGCAGCGCGUGCAGUUCAUCCUCGGCACGGAAGAUGACGACGAGGAGCACAUCCCGCACGACCUCUUCACCGAGAUGGACGAGCUGUGCAUGCGCGAGGGCGAGGGCGGGGAGUGGAAGGAGAAGGCCAGGUGGCUCAAGUUCGAGGAGGACGUGGAGGACGGCGGCGAGCGCUGGAGCAAGCCGUACGUGGCGACGCUGUCGCUGCACAGCCUCUUCGAGCUGCGCAGCUGCAUCAUCAACGGCACCGUGAUGCUCGACAUGCACGCCACCUCCAUCGAGGAGAUCGCAGACUUCGUGCUGGACGAGCAGAUCUCGACGGCGCAGCUGGGCGAGGCGGCACGCGAGAAGGUGCGCGAGGCGCUGCUGCGGCGCCACCACCACCAGAACGAGAAGAAGCUGAGCGACCGAAUCCCCAUCGUGCGCUCCUUCGCUGACAUCGGCAAGCGCCACUCGGACCCCCACCUGCAGGACAAAGUCGCGGGGCCGGCCACAACGCAGCACCUGGCCCUGCCCCAGCUGGAGGGCGUCCCAAAGAACGGCACCGCGGCUACCUCCACAGCAGGGCCGGCGGGCACCAGCCGCGAGAACAGCAAGGUCGACCUGAACUUCAUGCGCAAGAUCCCGCCGGGCGCCGAGGCCUCCAACGUCCUGGUGGGCGAGGUGGACUUCCUGGACCGGCCCAUCAUCGCCUUCGUGCGCCUCUCACCGGCCGUGGUGCUCACGGGCCUCACCGAAGUGCCCAUCCCGACGCGGUUCCUCUUCAUCCUGCUCGGCCCCUCCGGCAAGGCGCAGCAGUACCACGAGAUCGGCCGCUCCAUCGCCACGCUCAUGUCCGACGAGGUGUUCCACGACGUGGCCUACAAGGCCAAGGAUCGCAAGGACCUGCUGGCCGGCAUCGACGAGUUCCUCGACCAGGUGACGGUGCUGCCCCCCGGGGAAUGGGACCCUUCCAUCCGCAUCGAGCCCCCCAAGAACGUGCCCUCCCAGGACAAGCGCAAGAACCCUCCGCUCCCCAACGGCAACGCGGCGGAGGGCGGCAACGGAGGAGCGGAGUCGGAGGGUCUCGGCGGGCAGCCCGGCCACGGGGUGGGUCCCGAGCUCGUUAGGACCGGACGCUUGUUUGGGGGGCUCAUGCUGGACCUCAAGCGCAAGCUGCCCUGGUACCUGAGCGACUUCCGCGACGCACUCAGCCUGCAGUGCCUCGCCUCCUUCCUCUUCCUCUACUGCGCCUGCAUGUCGCCCGUCAUCACCUUCGGAGGCCUCCUCGGGGAGGCCACCGAGGGCCGCAUCAGCGCCAUCGAGUCGCUGCUGGGGGCGUCCAUGACGGGCAUCAUCUACUCGCUGUUCGCGGGGCAGCCGCUCACCAUCCUGGGCAGCACGGGGCCCGUGCUCGUCUUCGAGAAGAUCCUCUACAAGUUCUGCAAGGACUACGGCCUCUCGUACCUGUCGCUGCGCGCGUGCAUCGGCCUGUGGACGGCCUUCUACUGCCUGCUGCUCGUGGCCACGGACGCCAGCUCGCUCGUGUGCUACAUCACGCGCUUCACCGAGGAGGCCUUCGCCGCACUCAUCUGCAUCAUCUUCAUCUACGAGGCGCUGGAGAAGCUCGUGCACCUGGGCGAGACGUACCCCGUGAACGCGCACAACUCCCUCGACCACCUCACCAACUACAGGUGCUCGUGCACGGCCCCCGUGAACCCGGAGAACGGCACGCUGCAGCUCUGGAGCCGUCAGAACCUCACGGCCGCCACCAUCCCCUGGGGCAACCUCAGCGUGACCGAGUGCUCGUUGUUUCACGGCGAGUUUUCGGGGCGGGCCUGCGGCCAUGAGGGCCCCUAUGUUCCGGACGUCCUCUUCUGGUCGGUCAUCCUCUUCUUCUGCACCUUCUUCCUCUCGGCCUUCCUCAAGGACUUCAAGACCAUGCGCUACUUCCCCACCAGGGUGCGAGCCAUCGUGAGUGACUUUGCCGUCUUCCUCACCAUUCUCACCAUGGUGCUCGUGGACUACGCGCUCGGCAUUCCGUCUCCCAAGCUACAGGUCCCCAGCGUCUUCAAGCCGACGCGCGAUGACCGCGGCUGGUUAGUGGAUCCCAUCGGGACCAACCCGUGGUGGACGCUCCUGGCGGGCGCCAUCCCCGCGCUCCUCUGCACCAUCCUCAUCUUCAUGGACCAGCAGAUCACCUCCGUCAUCAUCAACCGCAAGGAGCACAAGCUCAACAAGGGCUGCGGCUACCACCUGGACCUGCUGUGCGUGGCGCUGAUGCUGGGGGUGUGCUCCAUCAUGGGGCUGCCGUGGUUCGUGGCGGCUACGGUGCUCUCCAUCUCGCACGUCAACAGCCUCAAGCUCGAGUCCGAGUGCUCCGCGCCCGGCGAGCAGCCCAAGUUCCUGGGCAUCCGUGAGCAGCGCUUCACGGGGCUCAUGAUCUUCCUGCUCAUGGGCUGCUCCGUCUUCAUGACUACAGUGCUCCAGUUCAUCCCGAUGCCGGUGCUGUACGGAGUGUUCCUCUACAUGGGCGCCUCCUCGCUCAAAGGCAUCCAGUUCUUCGACCGGCUGAAGCUGUUCGGCAUGCCCGCCAAGCACCAGCCGGACUUCAUCUACCUGCGCCACGUGCCGCUGCGCAAGGUGCACCUGUUCACCGUCGUGCAGCUCACCUGCCUCGUGCUGCUCUGGGUGAUCAAGGUGUCGCCCGCGGCCAUCGUCUUCCCCAUGAUGGUGCUGGCCCUCGUGUUUGUGCGGAAGCUCAUGGACCUGUGCUUCACCAAGCGGGAGCUCAGCUGGCUGGACGACAUCAUGCCCGAGAGCAAAAAGAAGAAGAUUGACGACGCAAAGAGGAAAGAGAAGCAGAAAGAGGAGGCGGAGCGGAUGCGGCAUUGUCCGGAAGCGGAGAGCAUUCACGUGCCCAUGGAGGAGGUCAACCUCAUCAAGGUCCCAGUCCUCAACGUUCAGCAGAGCCCCGAGGACCCCUCCGUCAUAAACAUCUCGGACGAGAUGGCGAAGUCGGCGGUGUGGAGAUCCGUGGCGACGAACUCAGAGCCGGCCGGAACCUCCCAGAGCGUCGAGCCGCCGAGCUCCACCGGGAAGCGUAGCGCGUGGCUUUACAUGCGGCUGGAGCGGGAGACGAGCUUGUGACGCGCAGGCGCCGUCUCCCUCGUUGCCGCCACGACCUACCGCGGCAGCGCCUGGCGCGACGCGCCCGCUUCACGCGUGGCGAUAGUCGCGACCCAGAGGUCGUCGUCUUGUUCUCUCCCCCCGUUUAUCUGGUUCAACAAAUAGGGGUGUAAUCGUGGAGCAUCGGUCCGUCGGCUAAUGUUGUGAUUCUCAAGAUAGACGAAGGACGCUGGCGUAGCUUCGUCCCCGGUUGUGCCGCGCCACUGUGCGCCGUUGGGGAUGUCGCCGCGUGUUGUUCGGCGCGAUAUCCGGAAAUUCACUCCACGCGCUGCUGGGAGAUUCUCCGGCUCGUGCAGUGAAAUGUGGGACAUCGUGCCGAACGAUACGCGGCACAACCUGACGGCACGCGUGAGAGAUAAACGAUACACGCAUCGAAUCGUCCGUUGAAGAAUACAGGGUGUUUAGAUCUUAGGAUGGUGAACGUAUGGGAUUGGGCCCCCUCCAGCCUCUAGGAGCCGCUACAUUAACCGCAAUGUAUAGAAAGAAACGACAAUCGCAAUUGCGACCCCCAAUCGUGACAAUUCACUGAAUCGCGGGGUGAGCGAAUCGUUUACACCCCUAUUAAUAUUCUGUUCACACGAAGGAUAUUGUAUUCCUAAAGAAGAUACGUUAACUUCUAGAUAGUCCACUAAUGUGUCUCUACGGGCAGCUGGCGUCGCUUCACAGUAUUUGUUGGCAUAUUUGACCCCCUCGAAUCGCCGUGCUAUCCUUCAGUUGCUCAUCGUUGAUCAUUCCACUUGUACCAUAAGCACGUGCUCUGUCUGCCGCCAAACUCAAUCACGCCUCGAACGCGUCGCAAGCAUUCCACCGCAUUUAUUUUCACACACGUCGUCCAAUUUACGAGAUGGCUCCCUCCCUUGCGUAGUGGCUUGUUGAUUUUUUUUGUGAUUUUUUUUUUUAUCUUCGAGGUAGCGAUGUUUAUUUUGUAACGUGUCCCACCUCGCCUCCGAUGGGGUUCCCAGCAAUAGCACGUGCGCUGAGGAUGGCUUUAAAUGUCGACUUUAACUUGGGUGGGUUAUAUUGAGUCUGCAAUCUUCCUGGACGCGCUUACAGUAAACGAUGUGCCGGCACGUUGCAAUGAAUAAAUGAUGUAGCCCGCAGUCGGCACGCCAGGAUGAGAGAGACCUCCGGCUUUCGUAGGCCAACGGAAAUGGCUUUGCUGAUGCCCUGACCUUCCGGCAAGCCACUCUAACGUCUGGGGUUAUUCGCAAUUUCAUUCACAGUGUGUCCUCGAAGUACCGGGUUAAUUCAGGAGCAGAUGCCCCAAUAAUGUUACAUCCAUCACUACAAAGCCCUCGUUAUUUUCACGAACGCCAGAAAUUGGCUCAUUUUCAACGCGUAUCGUUUUUCACAUUGUUUAACUUUACAACAAACUACAACAAAAAAAUCGCAUGAAAGAAAGUUACACGAAGAAAAAAAAACAUGACCGAAAUCACCGAAAGUUCCUAACCAAUUCUGAACGCACAACCCACAAAUCUAGAGCCGUAACUGUGCGCGUGGGGCAGCCCCAUGCUGGGGGCUGCGCUGGCGCGUGACGUCACAAUGCAGGGUGGAGACGGAGGUCCAAAACAAAAGUCCGCGUGCCUUUUGAUCGCCAGGAAUGCGGUUUAAAAAGAAAAAUUGUUCCACUUUUUUCCCCCCCCCCCAAAAGUUUUUGGUAGUCCACCGAAGAGCCACGGUUAUAUGCGGGGGGCACGGUACACCCCCCCCUCCCCCCGCCCACGUUAUCUCGAGGGCACGCUGUGUAUUAGGAUAUGGGAACGAUUGAGUUCUUCUCGGCUUAUAUUUAAAUGCAUGAACCCAGUGGAAAAAAGCACAUCAAUUGAUUUCUGUGCGUUUGUACAAAAACAGUUCGGGAAUAAUCCGCCUGCUCUACAUCACCACGACCAGAAAUGUGUGGCCACUGCGUGUUGGAAAUUUGCAGGUUUUAAAAUCCGCCACGGUGCUGCUCGCUUUGCAGCCAGCGCUCAUGGGUACGCCGUCAGCUGACUGUCAGAAUGCUGUUUGUCUCGACUCUCACCCGUGUGCCCUUCCUUACCCGGGGAUCAACUCAGCCGCGGUCAGUCUGGGUCGGUGACCUGGAAUAUAUUUCGGCAUCGGGCAGCACGCUGCAAAUUCAGUGUGCUGCUUGCGACAGCUGCCAGCUGCUGCUGGUCACGUGCCCCACCUACUUGCAUUCAACCAGCGACGUGGAAAAUAUUGCCGUGGGAAAUAUUAAGCCCGUACGACCGAGCUGUCUGGCGGUGUGGCAUAAGUCACCACACGAGCCCUGAUGAGAUACAUGGUAGCCUGGUGGCGAGUGAGUGGGUCGCCUGUCCCACCACCCAGCCUGGCUUGGCCUGGCCAGCAUGUUUGCAACCUAAACAUCGCUUAUUUCACUGGGUGGCAGCGAUAACCGCUUUCAUACUGGAAUAUCAAUUGGUUGAAUGGAAUAUCAAUCGGCUGAAUUCAACUGUUUUGGCAAAAUAUUCCUCUUUCAACGUUGAGAAAUCGCUAUUUCUAACCAGGUUUUACCUGUGGUUUCAUCAAUUCCGUUACACUAACCCGCCUUUAUUUCCAUUCACGUAGGAAGGACAAGUGCGGUUUAAUCAAUUUGGUUCCAGCUUGUAAAUUUCACACCACUGGGCGUGGUCCUCGGCAGACGAAUUGAAAGACCCCACGGUUUCCCCACACGGUACACACCGACAACACUACAGAGUGUGCGCGCUGUCGUGCUUAAGUAUGAUCGUGCCCAGUCUGGAUGAAUGUCGCCCUGGUCACUCGCAAGGCUGCCGUGUUGACCUUGCCUCCUGUGUGAUGGCACAGGCCGGAGUGAUGCAUGCCUAUCCCAGCUUACACCGGCGUGGACGAACAACCGAAUUACAGUACCCGAGUUGCUUCCAGUUGACGGUGGCAACGUGACAACAGGCUUAGGUUUUCGCGUUGGUGCUGCGUGAAGCUCUCCGAUGCGUUCUCGGGUCGUACCGCGCGUUGUUCGGCACGAUGUGCGACGAUUAACCCCCACGUGUCGCAAGCUAUUUUUUUUUCAGGAACGGAACAGGGUUCUUGAGGAACUGAAACGAGAAUGUUGUUGUUAUCGGGUUGUACUGCAAAUUAUUUAUUCGGCACGAGGUCGCACGUUUCGCUGCAACGCACUUGGGGAGAUUUCUUUUUAUUCAGGAGCGAGCAUUUUAAGUUCGGGGACUGAAUUGAGAUCCCAAAGAAGCUCCCGUCACGUGCAGAGAAACGCCAAAACAUCGUGCCGGACAGACCCCACGCGGUAGGGCAACCCGAAAAUAUACCGUAAGAGAAGCUUUAACUUGGGGCGAUCACUCUUCUGCUGCUGCUACCGCCGCCAAGACGAGGCCUCCAAUGUGUGGAUGUGAGAUCGUGAUAUUGUGAGAGACAGAUACAGAGAGCGCCUUUUUUGAUGUUCACUCCGAAUGAUCGGCUUUAUGGGCAUGAAUAUCUGUGAGCAUGCAAGGGCAGACUGUGCCUCCCCAGCCGGCAUCGCGUACCAGUCACGUGUGUGUCGCAUUGUGCAUCGGUCGCGAAUGGAACUGUGAACGCGGCAGGGCAUGGCGAGUCGAGUGUUUUUUUUGCAGGGGGAUUCAAACAAAUAAAAGGUCUGCCAGGGUCCCCUUGUGGCAAAUUGUGUCCAGGGCCCAAAAUGUUGUUGUUCAAGAGUUGUCGGCAGAAUGAUUUUGGGCCCAGUGCUGCCAAAGACCUUUCCCCGCAUUAUUCGCUGUACCUGCCACCCCCGGGUACAACAACAGCGCUGCUACAAUGAAUGAAUUUCCGUGGUCAAUGUAACGUAUAUUCUUUUUUUAGAUAAAUAAAGAUGAACAAUUUACGACUG